AUGUCGGUCGCUUUUUGUUGCAAUCCAAAAACUAUCAAUACUGAAGAUAAUAAUAUAGAGAAAAGAGAUAUUGAAGUAACUCAAACGACAGAACCGAAUAUUAUUUUAAUGAAACUCAAGAAAGGAGACGAUAAUGUUGCAAGUCAUAAAUUCAAUGCAAGUGAUGAUGUGACGCCAGAAAACAUGAUCAUCAAUGAAAUAAAAAAUAGUUUUGAUGAACAGCAUCAAGCAAAUGAAUCAUUAAAUUUCAUUAUGAAACCGGAAUUCGAUGUGCAGUACAACGUAACCGAAGAUAACGAAGGCGAAGAGUGUUUGUUCUUGACAAACGGUAAAAAAAUUGAUUUGGAUGACAUCACUGAUGUGUGGCGGACAGCUUAUUACAGAACUAGCGAGCGAUUGUCGUGCUUCAAAAUACACAUCAAGAAAACAUCUGCUAAGGAUCUGAAAACGAUCGCCCAAAAGUAUAAUGAUUCUAAUGGAAGGAUAAAUUGGGAAAGCUGUCUUUUAGAAAUUAAAACAGAUGACGCCAACGAUAAUAUUGGAAGAAAACAUUACUUACAAACCAAGAACAUUGAUCAAGGUGUCUUUGAAAAUAUUAUACUUGUCGACGAUAACCUCGGAGGGAACUCUACACCGGUCGUGAUUGAACAAAGUCCGGACCAAUGGAUGGUCUUUCAGAAUCUUCUUCUAAUGAGGGACUGUGAGAAUGGUGAAGUAGUCGUCUUCACCAGAGUUCCUCAUCAGCCGAAGCUGGAAAACGUUCUCAACGCACUCAAGGCAUUCGGAGAAGAAACAUUUAAUGGGACUUUAGCGUGUAUUGAUGAAGACAGGAUCGAACGAAGUGUACGUAAUAUUCUGAGACAGGUGUUAGGUAGACUCAAAGUGUUUUAAAAAUACGGUUUCACUUUAUUGUGUAUUAUUCAUAACGUAAAAUUCCAUGAUCAUACUUCGUUUCAUUGUAAUUAAAUUGUAAUGCUUAAAAUAUAAAUAAAGGAUUAUUCCAAA